UGCUUCUAUGAUGUAACGUGCAAUCGUACGAAGUUGUACCUAAAAGUACUCAUUUGUUUUUUCAUACUACUUUUAUUUGAGAUAUUCCUACGACGACUUUAUUGGGUAUAAAAUGAUAUGAAUAGAUAUUUUGAUUAUACUUAAAAGUAUCUAAUUGUUUUUCUAUAGUACUUUUAUUUGAGAUAUUCCCACGAUGACUUUACCAUACACAAAAUGACAGGAAUUGAUGUUUUGAAAGUUGAUAUUAAUAAAUAAAAAAAACGAUUACGCUACCAAUGUAAGAGAACCUUUUACGUCACAAAAAGUGGAGCUUCUUUAUUCGAGAACUCAAUUCUAUUGAGAUUUUUUUUUCCCCCUAUUAAUAGAUUCUCUUCGGUCACUGUGCCUCCAGAUAGGAGUAUUAGAUAUAACCACCAGCAUAGAGCAACAGUCUCUCUAUCAUUCAUCCCCUCCCCUCCCCUUCUCUUUUCCAUCUCUCUCUCUAUAUGAAUGGAUGAAGUAAACAUUUAGAAUAUGAAACAACAUACUUCCCCAGCGCCCAAGUAGAUUUUCUCCUCCUCCUCCUUUCAUCUGUUGCCUCAUGACCAUGACCAAGAUGGCCACCAACUUGAAAAUUUGUUUAUCGUCAAUUUUAGUAGUUCUUCUGCUGGUACCAACUGUGGCAUGGGGACACUGCACUUGCGAUAUCCAAGCCCAACACCAACAUAAAAGCAGAAGUAAGUCCCUCACGUAUAAAUUAAUCGCAAUUGCUUCAAUUCUCGUUGCUGGUACCGUAGGGGUGGGCCUUCCCCAAUUCGGAAGGAAAUUUGAAGCACUAAGGCCAGAGAGUGACGUAUUCUUUAUGGUAAAGGCCUUUGCUGCUGGGGUGAUACUUGCAACAGGCUAUAUUCACAUACUGCCGGAUGCUUUCAACAGCUUAACAUCACCUUGCCUAAAAGAAACUCUCUGGCAAGAUUUCCCAUUCACAGGGCUCGUAGCUAUGAUGUCUUCCAUUGGUACCUUAAUGGUCGACUCUUUCGCCACCGGCUACUAUAAGAGGUUGCACUUCAAUAAUAACAGUAACAAGACCCAUCAGGAAGUGAUCCAUGGCGACGAAGAGAUCAGGGUCAUUGUUGGGGAGGAACAUCAAGGUCAUGUACAUAUUCACACUCAUGCUACCCAUGGUCAUGCUCAUGGCUCUUCCACCAAUAUCCCAUCAUCUGGUCAUCACGAAAUCGUUACACUUGAUCUUAUCCGCCAUCGCAUAAUAUCUCAAGUGUUGGAGCUGGGAAUUGUGGUUCAUUCCGUAAUAAUUGGAAUCUCCUUAGGCGCCUGUCAAAAUCCUCAAGUAAUAAAGCCUCUGUUGGCAGCCCUGUCUUUCCAUCAAUUUUUCGAGGGCAUGGGACUUGGUGGCUGUAUCUCUCAGGCAAAAUUUGAGUCUCUAUCCACGGCGAUUAUGGUGCUGUUUUUCUCCCUGACUGCCCCAGCAGGGAUCGCUAUUGGUAUUGCAGUAUCGAGUGUGUAUAAGGAAGAUAGUCCAACGGCUCUAAUUGUGGAAGGGAUAUUCUACUCUGCUGCAGCUGGAAUCCUGAUUUACAUGGCACUAGUUGAUCUACUAGCAGCAGAUUUCAUGAACCCAAGGAUGCAAGACAAUGGAAGGCUUCAGUUAGGGGCAUAUAUUUCUCUUCUUCUUGGGGCUGGUUGCAUGUCUGUUUUGGCCAAAUGGGCUUAAGUAAUGUUGAUUUGUUUUUCCAUCAGAAGUAAUUGGAAGCAAAUGGUACAAACGCAACUCCAGACAUUGUGUUCAGAACCGUUAAAUGCACGUGGAUUCACAUCUGGAAUUGUGUUUCUA